AUGCAGAUAGUCGCGGAGAAUCCAAAAAAGUUCAUCGAAGGAUACAGCAAGGAGUUUCAGCAUGACUUCCUACAGUUACUUCGAACGUCACAUGGCGAAAAGCCGAUCCACCUGAACCGUUUCUACCAGGAGUACAUUUCGGACAAGACGCAUGUGCAUCUUAACAGCACUAAAUGGUCGAGCCUGACGGAAUUUUCCAAAUACCUUGCGAGGGAAGGAAUAUGUCGAGUGGAAGAGAAGGAAGACGGGAUAUUCGUGCAGUGGAUUGACAACAGCCCCGAAGCUAUUCGUCGACGAGACCUAGUGCAGCGAGCAAACCGUCUAGAGGAGCAGCAGGCAUCAGAGGAGAAGGAAAUACUACAGCAGGUCGAAAGAGCCCGGCAGAACAAGGCCCUUUCCCCUGAGCCCGAGAAACCCGCAGAACUCGCCAAGGAGAAGUGGACGGACUUUAGCCUUAACUUGAAAUCGUCCAGCAACUCGCCCAAGCCAACAAUAUCAGCAAGCCAAGGGAAGAAUAACGAACAGCAGGAUCCUUCAAAGUCUGUUGAUAAGCCUGUCAAGAAGCCCAACGUCUUUGGUAUGAAGCGAAAACAACCAUCCGGAAUUAAAGCAGUCCCGGAACCACCUAAGAAAAUGACCGAGAUAGAAAGGAUCAUGAAGGAAGACAUGGAACGGAAAAAACGACGACUCGUUAAGUGA